AUGGCCAACCUGACAGCCUCCGGGACCCCAACGCAGCCUCAGGUCCUCACCGUGGGCUGCCCACCAGGAGACAGCCCCCAGGGUGGGGACUGCAGCCAGGUCUCCCUGGGGUCUGCUGAAACCCCUACACCCUCGCCCCCAGCCCAGGCUCUCCGCUGUCACAUAUGCACAAGCUCCACCAACUGUAAGGAACCUCAGACCUGCUCAGUCAACUCAAAAUUCUGCAGGACCGUGACCAAGGUGGAGCCCCUAUCUGGGAACCUGGUGGUGAAGGACUGCGCGGAGUCGUGCACGCCCACGCACAACCUGCAGGGCCAAGUCAGCAGGGGGUCCUCGUCCACCCUGUGCUGCCAGAGCGACCUGUGCAACGAGAAUCUGGAGAGCGCUGCGCCCGCCCGCGCCCUGCUCACCAGCGCCCCCCUCGGCCUGGCGCUGGCCCUGGGCCUCCUCGCCCUCACCUGGGCCCCCAGCCUGUGACCCUCGGGACCGGGGCCCCGCCCCCUCCUCUCCCUGGCCAGGAUGGGGGCUCCCCUGGAAGGUCUAGGGCAGGGCGGCGGUGCGGCACGAAGAGCUGCUGGCUUGGAGCCGCGCCUCCCCCAGCACAAGAGGACGUCCCUCCCUGAGCAGCGGGGGGAGGAGGGGGAACAGGAGGCAUUCGGCUCCCUUCAGGCUUCAUAUUCAUUCUGUUUGGUUUCCGUUUAUUUUUCUAACCAAAGCCCUGCACAGGAAUAAAUGGCUGCAAACCAGUGUGGUCGUGUCUGUGCUGGUUCCGGGAGUAGAGGGGGCGGGGAGGAGCCAUCCACACACACAGGCCCCCAAGUCCCCGGGUUUGUCACCCAGGGCCAGUCUUGGCAGCGUGCAUGAUGCCUGGAGGGCCACCGUCACCCUUCACCCCUGGAGGGGACACGACCCUCCCCAGGCACCUCCUCUGCAGCCCCAGACAAGGAGGGCCCUCCUGGGGGAGGCCUGAGCGGGCGCGCCGGCAGAAGCGUGUCAGUGGAGCAGUGAUGGCGAGGCCAUAGCUCCUCACCAGGCAGCCACCA